AUGGAGGAGGUGAGGAGUGUGAAGGUGAAGGUGGUUGAAGCGACGCCGGAGACGUUUGGGGAGUAUGGUCAGGUUGUGGAGGCCUCGCCCGAUGGUGAUGAGUUUGGUCCUAAGGAUGCUCAGCUGGACCUUAGCCGUGGAGUUCCCAGGUUUUAUAUAAUGCACCUUGAAGAUCGGCCGCUGAAGUUAACCAACAUUACUCACCACGCAAGCGUCACGCAGUGUCUUGGGGCCAUUGGCGGCCAUGAUUGGUAUCUCGGAAUUGCUAAGCCUUCUAUUGUGGAAGAGAAGGGGGUCAAUGUGGUGAAGUCUGGUUGUGCUUCUGGUCAUUACUAUGUGCCUCCUUCUGUCGAGGAUGUUCGCGUUUUCAAGAUCACAGGUAGCAAAUUUGUGAAGCUUAAUAAGGGGACAUGGCACGCAGGGCCUUUGUUCAGGGCGGAGAGUAUGGACUUCUACAAUCUGGAGCUCAGCAAUACCAAUGUGGUUGAUCACACAUUACAUGACUUCGUGAAGCAAAAUGGUGUAGAGUUUGUAAUAGACGAGUAGCUGUAAUUUUAUGGUUCUUGUUCAACUUGUGAACUUGUUUCAGAGUAAAUACUUGCUAGCAAUGUUCUAAAACUCGGUCAACUCGGCCGAGUACUCGGCGAGUACUCGGUACUCGGCUAGUUACUGAGGCGAUUUUGACCUACUCAGUGCUUCUACUCGGCGGGAAGAAAAUCGGCCGAGUACUCGGUCCAACUCGGUCCAACUCGGCCAACUCGGGUCCAACUCGGUCAGAAAAAAAAAACAAGAUUUUAGGGUUGUUUCGGAUCUUCAUAGUGAAAGGGUUAGAGAGGAAUCGGGAGUGGAUAGUGGCUUAGAGCCUAGGAGAGUUCCUAGAAUCCAAGAAAUUAGGGAACUUGAUGAGGAUGAUUUUAUAUCUGAUGAUGAAGAGGAAAAAGAUGACUUGAGUUUUGAUUUUGAGUCGGAUUCGGAGGGAGUACAAGAUAGAUAUGGAGAAGAAGAAUUUGAGGCAUAGUUACAUAUGCUUGGGAUUGUUUGCAAGAAUUGAAUUUGGUUUGCUUUUAUUACUUAUGUUAUUGUA